UGUGUGUGUGAGUGUGUAUGUUCUCCUUGACUGAAUGCUUCAGGAAAGAUGGUUUUCUGACGUUCCAGACCAGCCGUUACAAGCUGCAUUAUUAUGAAACUCCAACAGGAAUCAAACUGGUGAUGAACACAGACCUCGGCGUGCCGAACUGCAGAGACACACUGCAGCAGAUCUACAGCACUCUGUAUGUGGAGUACAUCGUGAAGAACCCGCUGUGUGUGCUGGGCGAGUCUCUCCAGAGCGAUCUGUUCAACAGUAAACUGGACUCUUUCAUCAGAGCGCUACCGUUCUUCAGCGUCCGCGCCGCCUGAUCACAAUAAAACAUCAGCUUAUAUUUAUACUCAGCGUCUGCUUCCUCUAACACAGCUCUUUUGUUAAAUAUCACUUUUCAUUAUUUGAUGACUUUGACUCACAAAAUUAAUUAAAAAAAAUGAUUCCUUUUUUACUUAA